AUGUUUUCAGCCGCUUCCGACCCAUUUGACGUUGGUUCAUUUAAACAGAUCUCUCUCUCUCUCUCUCUCUCUCUUUCUCUCUCUCUGUUUAUCUAUUUAUCGAUCUAUCUGCACAAGUCUUUUGGUUGCAUACACAUUUAUUCCGCGAAUUUUGAAUCUAUCUAUCUAUCUAUCUAUCUAUCUAUCUAUCUAUCUAUCUAUCUAUCUAUUUGUUCUAUUCUCUCUCAUUAUCUAUCUAUCUAUCUAUCUAUCUAUCUAUUUGUUCUAUUCGCUUUCAUUAUCUAUCUAUCUAUCUAUCUAUCUAUCUAUCUAUCUAUCUAUCUAUUCUAUUCGCUUUCAUUAUCUAUCUAUCUAUCUAUUCUAUUCGCUUUCAUUAUCUAUCUAUCUAUCUAUUCUAUUCGCUUUCAUUAUCUAUCUAUCUAUCUAUCUAUCUAUCUAUCUAUCUAUCUAUUCUAUUCUCAUUUCAUUAUCUAUCUAUUCUAUUCGCUUUUCAUUAUCUAUCUAUCUAUCUAUCUAUCUAUUAUCUAUCUAUCUAUCUAUUCUAUUCUCUUUCUAUCUAUCUAUCUAUCUAUCUAUCUAUCUAUCUAUCUAUCUAUCUAUCUAUCUAUCUAUCUAUUUAACUCAGUCUUUCCCAAUAUCACUCAAUCUGUAGCUGUCUCUCUAUAUAUCUUUCUGUCUCAGUCCAUUCCAAUAUCUAUCUAUCUAUAUCUAUCUAUCUAUCUAUCUAUCUAUCUCUCUCUCUCUCUCUCUCUCUCUCUCUCUCUCUAUAUAUAUAUAUAUAUAUAUAUAUAUAUAUAUAUACAUAUCGAGGAAAAACUGUCAUCUAUAAUAUCUGACUUCACUGAAAUCCAAGAUCUCCGUUUGUCUCUGUGUCUGUCUGUGAGAAACGUAACCGCCUCACUCCACGCUUCUUUAUUUUUAUUUUUUCACGUCCAACUUUCCUACUUUCCACGGUCUCACAACGCCCUCACGUCUCAUCUCCAAUCACUAACCCUCCAACGCCAACCACAUCCCGGGGAAACCCCAACCGCCAGCGUUCCUUUUGCCAAAAUUUCCUGA